AUGCCUUUGUCAGUGUUGAAAUGCAUGCUGCUGUUUGCGUUGAUACAUGGAGCGGUGGGUGCCUGUAUGCUGAAGAAUCACACCAUAUGGAUUGAGAGGCACGACUGUGGCCAGUGUGUGGCCAUCAACACCACCAUCUGCAGCGGCUACUGUUACACAAAGGACACCAAUUUGAGGGGACGGUUUGGGAGGAUUUUCCUGAUCCAGCGCAGUUGUGUGCCUCUCUCCCUGGUGUACCGACCUGCCCAUGUGCCAGGCUGCCCUCAAGAUGUAAACUCACAGCUGUAUUAUCCUGCAGCCCAUCGUUGCAGCUGCAGGCGCUGUAACACGCGCACACACCACUGUGUCCGCACCAGUCGGAUUUCUAAUGACCGAUGCACCGUCACCCUUGGCGGUGUGAAGAGCCAGACCCAGCCCGCUGUGGGAACUUGA